AUGGACGGGGCGCGCGCGGGGCGCACGGCGGGGUUGGCGCGCGCCGUGCUGGAGCGGGCGCGGCGGCGGCGGGAGCGGGAGCGCGCGGCCUCGGCCCCGGAGGAAGACUCGGAGCGGCUCAGCGCUGCGUUCGCCUCCGUCAUGAGUUUUAUGGCCCAAGCCACGAGGGAGUGCGAGAGCUACUACAGCCUCGUGCCGGCCUGCAGGCGCAGAGAGCACGAAGUGAAACACAUCUGCAGGUACCACGGCCGGCAAGCAGGAGGAGAAGAGCCCGAGCCCUCCUUAGACCGGUUUACAACCAGAUGCGGAGAUGCUGUGACGGCACAGAGCAAUGGACGGUGCGUUCACCGUCCCGCAGUACAGAUGGGCAGUAGAACAGGCAGAGACUGGCACAGUUAAUGACAAAGCAGACUGUGGCCAUCCAGCACACAACUAGUCAAGAGUCUCCUUCAUAUUUUGGACUGAUACAGUCAAAGCAUUGUGAAUGAUCUGUAGACAGCCAUGGUUUGCACCAGCAGCAAUAAUCCAGCAGUCUUCUGCUCUCACCUCUCUUGUGCUCCUGCCACACUCCCCAUGCUGAACAAAGCACGCAGAAGCUGCCUGGCCAGUUAUGCUUGGCCCUGACACAGUCCCCUCUGAAGACUGCUGUUCCUCCAGGAGGAGAAAACUUCACUGAUUAUUAAAGCCAAAACACCUCACCAAAUCCAGUGCAGGAACUUGUAAGCCACAAAAGAUGAGAACCAUGGAAACUGUGCCAUAGUAUGAAUGAUGAGAUGAACUUGGUGUAUGGGUGACUUGCUUUGUUACAUUCAGAACAGUUUCAGGUGACAGCUUUCAGUUUUGUAAGUAGAGAUUACAGCCCGUUAAUUAUUUCCCUGGAUUAAAUCAUUAAAUACUUUGACACUUGUGAAUAGAACCACUUUAGAGUUCUGUCUCUAUAUCGCCCAUGUAUUCUGACACAAAAUGCACAACAUUUAGAUAGCAGUUUAAGUGACUUCUUUUUUUUAAUUCAAAGUCCAAGUUUUUGUUUUUGUGGGAAAUUUAACAUGACUAAAUAAUAAAGGAAUCUCUUUAUUCCCCCUUCCCUGUCCCUAAAGACCAAGAAAGCUUCCAAAGACAUCUACAUCGAAGUCUCUCCUGGCAUUUAUUCUAUCACAGCAACCUCGGAGGACAUGGAGAAACAAACCCACGUGGUGGAUGUCAGUGCUGGACAAAGCAUUGAUUUAACUUUCGUGCUAUGACGUUUACCAUUUGCUGGCAAUCAUGGGAAUAAAAUACUAGGAUUUUUUAAAGCAGAUAAUUAACUACGUGUAACUAUUUCUCAUUAGCAUCUUAACACAAUCCUCCUCCUUUGGGAGUCCAUUUUUGUGGCCUGUAUAUUUAUUUGCUAACUUAAUGCAAUUGUAUGCAACCCACUUUGUACACUGAUUUUAUAAACUUUGUACAUUGUCUCUCUUAAUUCCAAUCACGUGACUAUGUAAUUGCAGGUUAUUAAACUCGAAACAAUUAAAGAUACAAUCAGUGGAAUAAAUACAUUGUUUAGUC